CGUGGAACUAGCUAGUUUACACCUUACACACGCUAUUGGCUUAUUACCAUCAUUAUUGGCUUGCCAGAUCCAAAUAUUCUUGAAAGGAAGCAAUUUGCAAAUGCCAUGCUUAAUGCUAUUUACAAAGGGAAUUUUUCGAAAGUAAGAGACUUACUUAAACGCAAGCCAGAUGCAAUAUCUACAACAUUUGAAAAGGGGCAAACUGCUCUUCAGAUUGCAAUUACUGCUGGUCGGCUAAUGGUUGCUAAGGAAUUGAUUACUAUUACUAGUGAAGCAAACAUAGACCACUUGACGAUACGAGACAAGAAUGGCAACACAGCUCUUUCCUUUGCUGCUCGUAGUGGAGUGAUGGAAAUUGCAGAAUGCUUGAUUGAACAGAACAAGGACUUGCUUACUAUCGCAAAUGGCGACAAAAUGCUCCCGGUUCAAUUGGCGUGCAGGGCAGGCCAUGAGGACAUGACUCGCUACCUCUACUGCGAAACCCUGCAGCAAAAAUGUCUAAAUAGAGACUAUGUUUUCUACCUCCUCGAAGAGUGCAUAACUAAGAAAAUGUUUCGUACAAGAGUGAAGGUGGAUAAAGGAAGUGUUCUAUCUGAUGGAAGUGUUCUAUCUGAUGGUGUUGGCAGUGUUGCAGCUCAACGAAGAGCUUUGGAUGAGGAUGAAUUUGUGCGAAGUGGAGCAGUGGAAGCAACCUUUCAAGCAAUCAAGAAUGGCAUCCCUGAGAUUGCAAUUGAAAUUGCAAAAAUUACGAAUAUAUUAUGGAACCGUACUGAUCCUGAAGAUAAAAGGAACAUGUUUGCAUGUGCUGUAGCACAUCGUCAAGAGGAAGUGGCACAAUUUCUUUAUAAAUUCAAUGCAAGAAUUAGUACAAAUAUAGGUUUUACCGAGGAUCGAGAUGGAAACAAUUUAUUACACAUAGCAGCAAAGUUAGCUCCUCGUUCUCACCUUGAUUACAUCUCAGGCGCAGCUCUGCAGUUGCAAAGUGAGCUACGUUGGUUCGAGGCAGUGAAAGGCAUUGUUCCACAGUUCUACAACUACGAUAAAAAUAAUGAUGGUGAUACUCCUUCCCAAGUGUUUGUUAAGGCACACGAGCAGUUGCGAAAAGAAGCGGAAGAAUGGAUGAAGAAAACGGCAGAAUCCUCUACAUUCGUAGGUGCUCUAAUCAUUACAAUUAUGUUUGCUGUGGCUGUUACUGUUCCUGGUGGGAAUGAUCAAAAUACAGGCUUCCCAAUCUUUUUGAACAAAACAGCAGACUCUUCUAGAGUAUCUUCUCCAACCGUGCCAUUCAUGAUAUUUGUAGCAUCAGAUGCAAUUUCUCUUUCUACUGCAUCUAGUUCGGUGCUAAUGUUUUUGGGGAUUCUUACGUCACGUUAUGCUUAUAAAGAUUUCCUUAAAUCCUUACCCGUGAAGUUGAUUGUUGGCAUAUCUUCACUCUUCAUCUCUAUUGCAGCAAUGAUGGUAGCAUUUUGUGUUGCUCUUUUCAUUAUGCUACAAGGUCGAUUGUGGAUAAUCAUACCAGUAACUUUGUUUGCUAGUGCCCCAAUCAUUAUCUUUGGACUGUUGCAGUUUCCUUUUCUCAUUGAGCUUUGUACUUUCACUUUUAGACGAGGCAUCUUUGAAGGGAAAUGAACAGCUUAGAAAAAGGAAGAGAGGAAAUCACUCCAACAACAGGUUCUGGCUCUCUAAACUUGAUCCCAAUCGAAAAAGGCUUUAGCUCCAGUAACUCAAAGAUAGAUGUUCUGUCAUUUUAAGUCUAGUAAUUAGACGAGUGUGCCCUAUAUGUAUUGAAACUGCAAGAAACAUUUGGUGGAUGUGUAUUCUUUGAAGAUUUCAUGUACUUUUGUAAGUGCCAAACUCUUUCUGCAAUCAAAGAUUUAUGUGAAU